AGGGCAACAGGGUGAGAUAGAUGUAGCCGCAGCUGCGCGUCUAGCACCAGCGCUCGACCCUCAACGUCCCCGCGCGCGCAAAUGUCCACACACAGUCACACUCGCACACACUGAGCUUUCCUCAGCCAAGACAUGAGGAUGCGAGCGGGGAUUUAGUUUCAGUGUCUUUUCCAGUCUGCAGCAGAUUAUUACCUUUCCUCCAGCACACAGGACGGAUUUAGACACAAGACACAAGCUUUGAGUUCCCUCUUUUCUACACGGAAUAUGAUGCAGAAUUUCCCAAUUCUUAUGGAAAUAAGUUGGAUAAGAAAACUCUCAGAUUUGUUGGCUGAUCAUCAAUGAACUCAGUUCCUUAAAUAACAGAAGGAAAUACAUAUUUUUCAGUGAGGAAGUCCUGAUAGUUGGAGUUUAUUUUUGGAUAUGGCUGCAACUGAGGCUAAUGCAGAGCCUGUUCAAGCAGACGUUGUAGAGACCAAACCUGUGGUGGAAACCACAAAUGCAGAGUCAGCUCCAGCCCCAGCUUCAACUGAGGAAACACAACCUACCACUGAGGAAACUCCAAACACAGAGCCACCAGCUGAUAGCAAAUCCAAGCAAGCUUCUGAAAAAAUAUGGGACUCUUUUUUAAACAAAAGUGGGCUUGGAAAAGUAAUGGGAGGAAAGAAGAAGAAGGAGCAGCAUACAGAAGCUGAGGAUACUACUGGCGAGGAGCAGGAUAAAGCCGCAACUCAGAGCGAUCAAGUGGAUACUGCAGGCCCUACAGACCAGGCAUCUAGUCAGCCAGCAGAACCUAGUGAGGCUGCAGUUGAUGGCCAGACUAUUGAAAAAGUACCAGAAAAUGAGGAGGCUUCCCAAGAGCAAAAGGCAUCUGGUGCCAAGCCAAAGCAAGGAGAGAAGUCUAGUGUUAGGGACUUCAUCCGCAAGCCUGUCGCUAAAAUUUUCUCGCACAAAAGCACAGAGAAAAAAGUUAGGUCAAAAUCUCUAGACAGGCUGGAGGAUGCUGAUGUCUGCACAGUUGUGGCUGAACAAACAGAAGACUCUCAGACUGCAGACGAGCCAGACAAGCCUAACACUGAGAAAGCAAAACACAUGAAACGCUGGCACUCUUUCAAGAAACUUAUGGCUCAAAAGAGUCACAAGAAAAGCACAGAUGAUUCCAAGGAUGCUGAAGGGGCAGAGGGAACCAGUGCAGAUGAAGCAGGAGACACUGGGACAUUGGAUUCCACCACAAAGUCUGAGCACAGUGGGCAAAAAAAGUGGAAACUAAAGAGAUCAUGGACAUUUCAAGGUCUGAAGAGAGACUCAUCGGUUGUUGGAAUCCACAAACCAAAGGAUAAAGACUCUUUGGAUCUAAAAGAUGAAAAUGCCCCAGAGGCAGAACAGGGGACAGAAGACGUCAAGGUAGCCAGUGACGUAGAAACACAGGAGAAGACUGAUGCUGAGGGUGAGGAGGAGAAAGGAGCAACUGCUACCACACAGCAUGCAAAAUCUGUGGACCAGCAUGCAAAUGAGAUCUGGACCUCUUUCAAAAAACGAGUUAUUCCCAAAUCAAAGAGGGCAGCUGACACUGGUGGAGCGGAGGAGGAACCAGCGGGUGAGCAAGAGCAGACUGAUGAACCACAGGCAGGUAAAGACUCAGGCAAGACAGCCAAGGCAAAAAGGACACACUUCAACCGUGCUGUGUCGCUAAAGAACUUCAUACUGCGAAAGGGGAAGAGUACCAGCAUGGACACGGGGGAGGGUACAACAGCGCCGAAAGAGAGCGAUGGUACUGGUGAGAACGAGGCUAAAGACAUGGACGUCCUUGAUGAUACUGCUGGGGCAACUGAUGUCCCACAGACUGUAUCAGAGGAGCAGACGGUAGCUCAGAGUGAGAGUAAUAAUGAAGCUCAGGUGGCAGGUGAGCUCAAGAGUUCUGAUGGAGAGGAGAAGUCCCACACUAGCACACCAUCUGGUCAACCAUCAGACAAGUCUCACGCAGUCGUUCCAGCGCCAGAAGGUGGAUGCCAGACAGAGCCCAAAGCCAACGGUGAGAAUGGAUGCUCGGAUGCUACAUCAGAGGACACCACAGCACACAAUUAUGAUGCAACUACCCAGAAUGAUGUGAAGGAGGAGGAGACCAACCAGGAGAACAUUGACUCUAGUGGCAAAACUUGUCCAAAGGAUGGGAAGAUCCUCAAUCAAGACGGGAAGUGUGAUACUGUCAAUGCAGUUGCCCAAAGCGAAAAAAAGGCGGGAAACGUGUGACGCCACACAGAGGAAUAGAUCUGCAUGGGAUUCACUCAGCAAGGAGCUUUGCCCCCCUCCCCCCAAAAUAUGGAGUAAUUACAUGUUUACGCCACGAUUCACCAUGGUGAGAGAUGCAAUCCACAUAGUUUAAAAAAAAUAAAUAUAAAAAAGCAAUAAUUCAGAAUCAUCAGUGCAGUUCUUGCUACCAUUCCAUCAUUGUAAAUGUUUUGCCUGUCUACUAGUGAGAUUUUAUAUUGUUAUAAACAACACUCCUUUGAAAUGUUAAUCUUGUUGAUCACAAAGUACCGUGAUCAUAAAGACUGUUAGUUUUAUAUUAAUUGCCAUUCUGUUUGUAGUUUUCCUUUGACUAGAUAUAACUAUGUAAAAUAGACACAUUUGAAAUAACAGCCCGCCAGACUGUCCCCCAAUUGUGAAUUCAAUACGGAAUGUGCACUAAUCUGUGUUUUUGUUUUUAGACGGUUAUUAUGUAUACAUGAAUAAACCUCUAUUAAACAUUAA